CAAAAACAUUGUCACUUUCAUCUCAGAUCCAGCGCACAUGCUAUAUUAUCAUGAUUUAUGAUCAAUUUCUUAAGUAUUUGAACUUAUAAUAACUUUUUCUUUUUCCUUAUCUUUGCUAGGAGACACAAAAUGUAAAUGCUAAUGCUAGUAAUAUUAAGUCCAAACCUUAUUGAAUUCUCUAGGCCUUUCUUUCUCUCACUCAUCUCAACCUUUUCCUAACUUUUAUGUGAACAAACUUGAGGAUGAAUGAGGAAGGAACAAAGAAUCUAUAAUAAUAUAUGUGUACAUGUAUCUGUGAAUAGUUGUAUAACUGUGUCAACUUACAAGACCAGCAGAAUCACUUUAUCAGCACAGAAAGUGAACCUUCUCUUUUUCUUUUCCAUCAUUGCAUUUACCAUCUUUGAGACUUUUUGUCUCUAACUUCAUUCUCCCAUGCUUCCCUUGAAUUCAUCAAUAGCAAUGCACAGACAUUAGAAGAACACAGUGUUGGUAAAAAAGAAAAUCUAAGAAGAUGGAGUUUGAUCUUGAAGACCCUUUAUCCUGCUUCAAGGAACAAGAAGCUUAUACCAUAACAGAACUCUUUGCUUCUGAAUCUGAUCACAUGCCGGCCCCAAACUACUUGAAUUCAACACAUUUUCGCGCUUCCUUUCGCUGCGAAGCCAUUUCUCUCAUACUUCAGGUCCAGUUUUCAUGUAAUUUGGACCCUUCUGUAGCUUAUCUAGCUAUAAAUUACUUGCAUCGCUUCAUGUCGAGGCAAGAAAUUCCGAUGGAGAAGCCAUGGUUACUGAAACUUGUUGUCAUAUCCUGUCUUUCUCUUGCUUCAAAGAUGAAGAACACACCCUUAUCAAUUUCCGAUAUACAGAUAGAAGGUUGCAUCUUUGAGUCUCAAACUGUUGGGAAGAUGGAACUUCUUAUUCUUGGCGCUCUGGAAUGGCGUAUGAGGUCAAUUACACCUUUUCCUUUCUUGCAUUUCUUCAUCUCUUCAACGGAACUCAAAGAUCCAUCACUGAAGCAAGUGCUUAAAGAGCAAGCUACAAAGAUAAUCUUCAAUGCUCACAAUGACAUUAAGCUUUUAGAGUAUAAACCUUCAACUAUUGCAGCAUCUGCUCUUAUCUCUGCAUCUCGCGAACUAUGUCCACAGCAAUAUACUAUGCUGAGAGCUUCAAUUGCAGCUUGUGAGAAUCUAGAUGAGGAUUCAUUGACCAAGUGCAUUGACCUGAUGCAAGAGAUGGUUAUGUGGACGGAAGCGAACGAGUCAACCAUCGAUACAAGCUUUCUAAGCACUGAAACUCCAGUGAGCGUGCUGGAGAGAAGCAUCAAGCGGCGGAGAAUCUAAUAAGCCUCCGCCGCCGACACAUGUUCCAGAUUUCUCAAGUUGUGAAGGAGCAAAGAAGCUGAGAGAAAAACCAUCAUUUGUGGUCCAUAUCAGUGUUUCAACUCAGACCAAAACUCAAGCCAGCAGAGAGGAUGACAAGGCUUUGGACAAUGGAGUGGAUAGAUCCAUACUUUACUGGUUCCUAUUGCAUAGAAUCAAAAUUCAGAAAUCAUUAAAAUAAUUACCAUAUGGAGAAGUAACUAGAGAAAAACCUGUAAUGUAGUAGCAGUGUAGCACCAUUGCAAUGAAAGAGAACAAGACACUGGUAUAGAGGGUAAAUUUGAAUCUGAUUAGAAGUUUACCAAGUUGUCAAAGAACCUGACAUCUUUUCUUGUAUUACUUAUAUCUGUUAAACAGGUUAAUUGAGAGAUAAUCAAGUAAAGUAA